AAGUAAUUUGCUUCAUUUUAUACAAAAAGAUUUACCUAUUUCUUUUGGCUGUAAUGAUGUUGUUAAUAACAAUUUUUCGAAAAAUAAACUAUGAUUGCUACGUAUAAAAAAUACACUGUGUGAACCCUGAUUUAAAUUUAGCAGAAGCAUGUAGGUAGAUAUUGUGUCUAUUAUUGUUAUCAUUUCAUAAUGCAAAGCAAAUUUGAAAAAUUCCAGCAAAUUUCUUACUUGGGUAUCUACUUACAUGGUACCCAUGAAGGUAUUUAAUUUAAAAUGCCAAAAUAUAAACUUGGUAGAGGAAUAAUUUUAAUUUAUUUAAGUAUUUCUGCAACAUAUCUAAUUUGGAAUAAUGGUACCUACUUAUGAAAUAGAUUUAAUUAAAGCCUUACGUGUAAUAAUUUAAAAGAUCUAUCCCAGCCUUUAAAAUUUAUUUGGUAUACAGUUUGAAAUUCACCUUCGAUGAGUUCAAGGUCUGUUAAAUUGCCAUAGCAACAGAAGGCUAAAGCUCAGGAUUUGUAAAUGUAAAGAUCAACAUGUACAUGUUUUUGUCAUAGCCAAACGUUUAGGUACCUACCUACAUGCCUAGUAUGUAUAGGUAGGUAGGUAAUUAUGGAUAAGAACAUAAGUAUCUAUCUACCUAUUCUGUAUUAUUACAUUUUCAUGGUAGUGAAAAAAUUGGGCGUUAUUUAUAUAUUUAUCAUUUCUGUUCCUGGCUGCAUUAGGAAUUUGUUGUUGGUAUAGGUCGCUGGUCGCGAAAGUGCAAUCAAUGAACGCGAGGUUGCCAGCUCUGCCACUGACAUGGCUUUUAGGGUUCUAAUUACACCAACGCCCAUCAAUUAAAAAAAAAAAGAAAAAAAUGCCUAUAUAAGUACCUAUUUUCAAAUUAACUACCAACUUACAUAAAUUGUACGCUACCUGAUUUUUUUAAUGACAGUUAAUGCCUCUCAUGGUACCUAAUUUAUACAAUGCCCAAUAAAAACAACGAAUCUUUAGUUUUGGUACUAUAUUUUCGGUAUUCUUUUAUGUAUCUGUAAUGGAGCAGCUGUUUCAAUGUAGUGUUACCGAAGCAGCUGUUACAAUACAUACACUGUACAUAGGUAGGUAAAUAAUGAAAAGUAUAAAGGCAUACUGUACAUAGAUAGGCACCAAAAAUCGCCAAAAAUAAUAGUUCCAUUAUUCAUAAGUUGUGAAAAUUUGAGUAAUUCUUCAUUUCAUUAAACAAUGGUUAAGUAUUUCCGAUCAAGUUGAAAUAUUUUAUUAAAUUUUAUUGUUAUCGUUAAAAGAUAAAAGCUUAUCAGGCUCGUUCAUAAUAUUAAUGGGGAACGAAUAAUGUUCCAUCAUAUUCCAGAGGGUUCCAGUCACUUCUGUAUUAAAUAUUUUUUUUUUAAUGAAUAAUUUCAAAAUACGAAAAUAAGGGAUCAAAUUGGUAGAUAUAUUUUAUUCGUAGAUAGUAUAAAACGAUCAAAUCAAAAUCCACAAAUUUCCAUUGUUUUGUGAAUAGCGAAAAUGCCAAUAAUUUUCCAUUUUGUAACAAGUCUCAUGUUUAAUAUCAACUUCCGAAAAUACCUCCAUAAAAGUACGUUAUAUCCACUCGGAAUGUUCCCUCAUUUUCGAGAGGGUUCUAGUAAGUUCUCCGGCGCUAUAAAUGAGAAGCGCGAUGGCCGUCCGCCUCAGUGUAUAGUUUCAAAGCGCGAAGUGACAAACAGAGCGAUAUUCUUAAAGCGAUUGUAUAUUGUACAGUGCGUUCCUGAAUCUGCAGUGUUAAAAAAAAAAAAUGUCGUUGUUAACAUAUUCGCUGCUUCCGUUGCUGAUGUCGGAUCCCUUCAGUUACCGACCAUCCCGACUUCUGGAUCAACAGUUUGCCCAAGAACUAACACCUGAGGAUUUGAUCAGCGCAGUUAUCGAUCCCAAAUGUUCGAUGUUUAAUCGAGGGUUGUAUUACAGACCGUGGCGGUCGGGUUUGUCAGCUAAAGACGUGGGUUCGACGAUCAGCGAAAGCGACGGUAAAUUCCUGAUAAAUCUGGACGUCCAACAGUUCAAACCGGAAGAGAUCAGCGUAACUACGAAUGAUAAAGAUACAAUUACCGUCGAGGGGAAACACGAAGAGAAACAGGACGAACAUGGAUCAAUUUCGAGGCAUUUUGUGCGAAAAUACAUCCUGCCCAAGCAGUUUAACAUCCAAGAACUUUCUUCGGAACUGUCUUCGGAUGGAGUGUUGACAAUUUCGGCUCCCAAACUCGAAAAAGAAUUGACCGACGAGAGGAAAAUUUCAAUAACUCAGACCGGAAAACCCAGCCGCCCAGCAGAAAUUGAUAAUCAAAAAUCUAACGAAAACAGCACAGAAGAACCGCCAAAAUAAAUUUAAUUCAACUGUGUCAUAUUUCUUAAUUAAGACUGUUUUGUAAUAGAUCUUUAGAUUAAUUUUAUAUACGUUUUGUUAAUGCCAUUAUUUAUUUGUAUGUGUGUAUAUACUUAUGUUCAUGUAGCUACAGGUAAAUAAAAAUAAAUAUC